UUUCAUGUUUUGUUACACAUGCAUAUUUAAAUUGUGUUAAAUGGAGAAGUUUAGCUUUUCCGAAUACUGAAGAUUUUUAUAGCUAUCAUUAAUGACCAUGGAGAAACAAAAAAAAAAAAAAAGAAGAGCGUCCCAAUUUGCCUCCAUUGGUAGAACACACAUUCAAUAUAAAUGGACGAUCAGAAUGCGGUUUCUUGUCCAACACUAAACGUAACAUGAUUUAUUAUGAUCUGUAAGAAAGUGGUUGUAUUUUUUAUGGCGUAAUGAAAUUGAUAUGAGGCUACUAAAGUUGACUUGAAUUUCAUUGCAUUGAGUUGAAAUCUUCCCUCUGUUUUGAAAGACAGUUAGGAUCUGUGCAGUUUUAUUGUUCAGAUUUUUUUUUUCUGCUCAUAGCUAGGUUAUGGAGAAGCACAUGCAUAAAUUCUGAAUUCGGAGCAUUUGUUUGUGCAGAUUGCAUUGGUUAAAGUAUCCACUAUAAUGAUGGAACUGAGACACAAAUGAAUACAUGUCAGUGAUGGAUGUACAAAAUUUCGAGAAGGGUCGUAUCAAAGCCCUUCAGGAUGAGAGAGUGUACAUACAGAAGAAAACCUUCACCAAAUGGGCCAAUGCCUUCCUUGAAAAGGCUCGUCUUGAAAUUAAAGACUUAUUCACAGACUUGGCAGAUGGGAAAAUUUUGAUGAAACUGCUGGAAAUCAUUUCUGGAGAGCAUCUUGGCAAACCAAACAAAGGGCUUAUGCGUGUACAGAAAGUUGAAAAUUUAAGCAGAUGUUUGAAAUUUCUGGCUACAAAGGUUUAUUUUGAGAACAUUGGAGCAGAAGAUAUUGUAGAUGGCAACCCACGUUUGAUUCUCGGGUUAAUAUGGACCAUCAUUUUGAGGUUCCAGAUUCAGGAAAUAGAAAUUGAAGUGGAUGAGGAAUCUAGUGAAAAAAGGUCCGCUAAAGAUGCCCUACUGCUCUGGUGUCAAAGAAAGACAGCGGGGUACCCAGGAGUCAACAUUACAAAUUUUACAGGAAGCUGGAGAAAUGGAUUGGGAUUUAAUGCUCUUAUUCACGCUCACAGACCAGACUUAAUUGACUACGAUCGACUACAUCCUGAAGAUCACAUUGGUAACCUCAACCAUGCCUUCAACACAGCAGCCAAUGAACUUGGGAUUCCAAAGAUCUUGGAUGCUGAAGAUGUGGAUGUUAAUCGGCCAGAUGAGAAGUCCGUCAUCACCUAUGUGGCCUCUUACUAUCAUUAUUUCGCCAAAAUGAAGAGUGAAAUGACAGGAGGAAAGAGAAUCGCAAAGAUUUUAGGCUUGAUGAAUGAUGUGGAGAAAAUGGUGGAUGACUAUGAAACCUUGACUUCCAGUUUGUUGGAGUGGAUUCGGUACACCAUCCACAAACUGAACGACCGUAACUUCCCAAACUCCCUGGAUGGAGUCCAGAAGGAGCUUCUUAAAUUCAAAACCUACAUUACUCAGGAAAAACCACCAAAGUACAGAGAAAGGGGAAACAUAGAAGCCCAAUUCUUUAACAUACAAGCCAAAUUGAAAGCCAAUGGACAAAAAUUAUAUACGCCUCCCGAGGGGCAACUAAUACACGACAUAGAGAGUGCAUGGAUUCGCCUGGAAAAGGCUGAACACGAACGAGAGGUGGCGCUCAGAGAUGAAAUGAUUAGGCAAGAACGACUGCAACAGUUGGCCGAGAGAUUUAUGAAGAAGGCUGAGAUUCGCGAGUCGUGGCUAAACGAUAUGAGUACGAUCUUAGAUGAGAGUAUUGUUGCCAAUAACUCAGCACAAGCAGAGGCAGCCAUUAAGAAACAUGAAGCUAUCAGUGCCGAGAUCCUGGCUAGGGAGGACAGGUUUCAAUCACUGAACAGUCUGGCCAGAGAGCUUAUGGAGGGCAGCUAUCAUGGCAAGGACCAGGUUCAAACCAUUGAUCAAACAAUCAUGAGAAAAUGGCGGGAGCUAUUGGAUAAAUUAGAAGGAAGAAAGAACCUCUUAUCAGGAUUUAAAAACACCAUGAACAUGUUUAGAGAAAUCGAGAACAUCCAAGAGGAACUGAAAGAAAUUGAGUCCAAAGUACAAGUGAAAGAUACAGGGAAGCACCUGCAGGCGACCGAGGAUUACCUCCAACAGCACAGUUUGCUAGAGACGCAGCUCAAGGCCCUGUCAAAGAGGGUCCGAAACCUCAACCGGAGGUCCAAGCAGAUAGAGCCCACCCACCAGGAAGGAGGGGUCCUCGAGAAGAGGCUGGAGGACCUCAACAAGGACCUCGACAGGGUAAAUGGUAAGAGCGAAGAGAGGAAGAAGGCACUGGAGGUGGUGAAGAAGUACUACCAGUUCCUACAGGAUGCUGAGGAGGAGGAGCGAUGGGCCCAGGAGAGGAUCGACAACUGUCGCUCCGCCAACACUGGCAAAGACCUCAACGCAGCCAUGCUGCUGCUCAAGAAACAUGACGCUCUUGAAGCAGAGAUGCACGGCCGCUGGCCAAGAUGUGAAGCCAUUUGUGCUACUGGACAGGAUCUGGUAAAUGGCGGACACGGAGCUCGUGCAGAAAUCGGAAGCAAAAUAAAUAAUCUGAUGGACAAGUGGAAACUGCUCAAAGAGCUAGCAGCCCUCAGAAGAACAAAAAUAGAAGAUGGAAUUGAGGCACAUCAGUACUAUGCUGAUGCCAAUGAGGCUGAACUGUGGAUGAAGGAGAAAAUGCCUCUGGUCACAAGUGAUGAUUAUGGCAGGGAUGAAAUGGGGUCAAAGGCCUUGCUUUCACGACACAAUCGCUUAGAGGGAGAAAUCCGCAGCUUCCGUACCGAGAUCAAGCGUCUGGAUGAACUGGCUCAGCUGAUGACAAAGGCUGCAACAGAACAUAAUAUCUCCCCUGAGAAAUUCAUGCCACAUGAGAAUGGGGACAAAUCGGAUGAAGAAAUGGUGGAGGAGGUUAUUGAGGUUCCACAUGAGGUGGAGGUGGAGGAAAUGAGGGAGCGUGAGGUCAUGCAGGAUGUCGUGGAAACUCGCAAAAUUCCACAGGUCAAGGCCAUGUACACCUACAAAGGUCAAGGCAUGAAGGUUGAGAAAGGGGAGGUUAUGCUUUUGGUACAGAGAACAAACGCAGAUUGGUGGCAAAUCAGAAAACCGGACGGGAACGAGGGGUUUGUGCCAGCCAAUUACGUUAAAGAAGUGGAGCCGAAGGUUACACAGAAGGUCGUCCGCCGCCCAACCAAAGUACCAGAAAAGGUCAUCGUCAAGAAGACGGUCAUGAAGAAAGAAGUGGUCCAGAAAAAGAAGGAGAAAGCCAGCAAGCUAAGGAGAGCCCCCUCAGUGAGAUCAAAGGCAAACUUGCAUUUUGACAAGGAGAACGUGGACAAACGACAGAAACAGAUAAAUCUAACAUACAACAAACUAGUCAAAUUAGCUCAGGCGAGACGUAUAGCACUGGAGGAUGCUAUGAGGUUGUUUAAAUUCUUCAGAGAAUGUGAUGAAUUUGAAACAUGGAUGAAAGAAAAGGAAAUACUACUGACAAGUAAGGAAAGUUUGUCUGAUAACAUGGAGGCAGUCAAAAAGAAGUUUGAGAACUUGCUGACGAACCUAGCCGGGAACAAAGGACGUCUUGAUGAAAUAAACCUCCUUGCAGAAGAGAUUGUUAAAUCUGGCAGUGGGCAAAGCAAGCAGGUUCAAGUCCGCCAGAAAGAAAUCAACGACAGAUGGAAUCGUUUGAUGAAACUAAAAAUGGAAAAGGAGAAGAGCUUGCAGGGAGCAUCAAGCAUUGAGAUGUUCCAGUCUACUUGUGACGAGCUUGCUGAUUGGAUAAAAGAAAAAGACAACACGUUAUCCUCUGACGAUAUUGGAAAAGAUCUAAAAGGCAUUGAGGCAGCUCUCAGGAGACAUACAAAUUUGGAGAGAGAAUUAGUUCCAGUGGAAGACAAAAUGAAAAGAAUGAACUUCUUAGCAGACUCAGUGAGAUCAUCCUAUCCAGAUGAGAAAAACUAUGUGGACCAGAGACAAAAAGAAUUACAAGAUCUGUGGAAUUCUUUGCAGGAUAAAGCUGCCGAGAAGAGGAGAAAAUUAGAAGACUCUGAGGAGGAACAGAAAUUUAACAAUGAUGCCAAAGACCUGGGUAUCUGGAUCAGUGCUACAAAAGCCAAGCUACAGAAUGCAGAGAUGCCCAAAGAAUUACAAAGAGCUGAGAUCAUGAUACAGGAACAUCAAGAGAUUGCAGAGGACAUUAAAGCUCACAAACCAAAGUUUGAGGAUGUCAGAACCUUAGGCAAGAGCAUCCUAGACAAGGACCCUGGUGCUUCCAGCGUGAAGGAUAAACUUCAGAAGUUGGGCAAGGAUGAAGAGUUGAUUGACAGGAUGUGGGCUGACCGAAACCAACAGCUUCAACAUGCCUACGAACUACAGUUUUUCAAUAAGGAGGCUGACAAUAUAGACUCUGUGUCCAGUGGCCAUGAAAAGUUCUUGGACUAUGCUGAUCUUGGGGAAACUGUUGAUGAUGUUGAAACUUUGUUUAAACGUCAUGAAGACUUUGAAAACACAUUACUGGUACAAGAUGAGAAAUUAAAGGAUUUGGAUGAAAUGGCUGACAAGAGAAUCGCAGAGGGACACCCUGACAAAGACCAUAUCGACAAGAGAAGAAAUGAAGUUCUGGAGAGGCGACAGAAAAUAAAGGAGCGAGCAGAAGACAGACAUAAUGCUUUGCUGGCUGCACAGGGCUUCCAGGAAUUCAAAAGGGAUGCAGACGAGCUCUCUGAUUGGAUUAAAGAGAAAUACAAGACAGCAACUGAUGAGUCCUACCGAGAUUUAGCGAACCUUCACGAAAAACUUAAGAAGCACCAAGCUUUUGAGGCAGAGAUCAAGGCUAACAAUGAAAGACUGAAAGACUUGAAUAAUAGAGGGGAUGGGAUGAAGAAGGACGGUCACUAUGCUUCCCCCGAGAUCCAGGAGAUUCUGCAGGACCUCAAUGUACAGUGGAAGGAUAUGUGUGACAAGGCCAAAGAUAAAGGGAGCAAACUCCGGCAGGCCGCUGACCAAGAGACUCUCAAUAAAGCGUUGGCUGAUGCUCAGGCCAAGUUGGAUGAAAUGGAGAAAUCAGUUGCAAACCCUGACCUUGGGUCUGACCUUCGUGGGGUCAAGGACUUGUUGAAGAAGCACCAGAACUUGGAGAACGAGCUUGUGGUCCUAUCUGAUCAGAUUGCAUCCAUUGUGUCACAGGGACAGGCCCUGGCAAAGUCCGGCCAUUUUGAUAAAGCUAACAUCCUCAAAGCAGUGGAGGACUUCAAUAAAAGAUUUGGAAAGUUGAAGCCUGCAGUGGAAAAUAGAAAGCACAAAUUACAGGAUUCGCUGCAUUUCUUCCAGUUUAAGUUUGAUGUGGAUGAAGAAGUGCAGUGGAUAAAGGAGAAGUUACCGGCCGCUGCCUCCACAGACUACGGAAAGAGCCUGGUGGAUGCCCAGAACCUGCAGAAAAAGCACCAGAAACUUGACCUAGAAAUUCAUGGUCACCAACCAAUUGUGGAGAAAGUGGUCAGUACGGGGGAGAAGCUGAUUGACCAGAAACACUACAACUCCAAACAGAUCAAGGACAAAUGUCAGGAGCUCCAGGUGUCGUGGGAUGACCUCCUCAACAAAAGCAAGAUCCGCAAAAAGAACCUGGAUCUCUCCGUCCAGAUCCAAAAGUAUUUGAAUGAUGUGGAGGAGUUGGAGAAUUGGAUCAAUGACAAAAUGGCUCUGGCCACCAGCAAAGACUAUGGCAAGGACGAGAACUCUGCUGACAAGCUUCUGACGAAGAACAAGGUCUUGGAGACAGAUAUCCAGACCUAUCAGGGUAUUGUCACAGGACUGGGUAAAGAGGCCCAGCGGUUGUUUAAGAUUGGAUGUCAAGAUCCCGCCACACUACGCAAGGCACAGGACAACCUUCAGGACCAUCUGAACAAGCUGAAGCGACUGGCCGCCGACCGGACCCACGAGCUGGAGAUGUCCAAGUGGUUGUUUGCUUACAACAGAGAGAGCAGUGAUUUUGAGGAGUGGAUCGAUGACCAGAUGCAGUUAGCCGCCUCAGAAGAAUAUGGAUCAGACUAUGAACAUCUAGUGAUACUAAGGAACAGAUUUGACGAAUUCAAGCGGACAGUAGAGGCUGGGACAGAGAGGUUUAACAGGUGUGAACGGCUCGCUAAGUGGCUGCUGGAAGACAAGACACAAUACGAGGACCAAGUCAAGGAGAGACAGGGCCACCUCAGAGAAAAAUGGAACCUGCUUUUGGAACAGAUAGAGAAUCGGGACCAAAAGAUGUACGGGGCUGGCGAGAUUCACCGAUUCAAUCGGGACGUUGAGGAAGCCCUGACCAGAAUCCAGGAGAAGUACUCCAGUAUACCAGAUGAACAGGGCAGAGAUCUCUUCGCAACCCAAAGCUACCUCAAGAAACAUGAGAGAUUUGAAAAUGAACUGGUGGCCUUAGAGGCACAGUUACAAGUCCUGAUUGAGGACUCCACCAGACUUCAGCAGACAUAUCCUGGGGAGAAUGCUGAGCAGAUAGAUCAGCUUCAGGCCACGGUGGUGGAGAACUGGGGCAUUCUACAGGACCGGGCCAUCCAGAGGAAGGAAGAGCUUGUCAGCACCAUGGACCUCCACCGCUUCCUUGCUGAUGUAAGGGAUCUAAUGAGUUGGGCUAAUGAGAUAGAACAGGAAAUGAAAUCAGAAAAGACAGCUCGAGAUGUUUAUGGAGUAGACAUGAUUAAAACUCGUCAUGAAGAGCUGAAGGCUGAGAUAGAUGCUCGAGCCGAGACGUUCACCACCAUCAUACAGACAGGAGAGGAGAUGAUCAACAAUGAACACUAUGCCAAGUCAGAGAUUGAAGAGAAAGUGAAACUUGUAUCGGACACACAGGACAGACUGCGGCAGGUGUGGGAGGAGAGGCGGGGUCUGUAUGAUCAGCUGUACGACUUCCACGUCUUCCUCCGCGACGCUCAGCAACUGGACACCAUCACCUCCUCACAAGAGGCAUAUUUGUCUAGCUGUGAGUUUGGGAGUACAGUGGAUCAAGUUGAAGCUCUCAUCAGGAAACAUGAAGCCUUUGACAAAGUCAUUGAAGUUCAGGAGGAUAAGUUGGAGGCUUUGACAGCCAAUGGUCUUAAGAUGGUGGAAGAUAACCAUUUUGAAGCUCCAAAGAUCAAACAAACAAUCGACGGUGUCACAAAAAGGAGAGGUAACCUGAGGGCCCAGAGCAAAGCUAGAGGAGAGAAACUGAAUGACUCAUUGUUGUAUGCUCAGUUCAACAGGGAUGUUGCAGAGGCUGAAGGACUGAUUGAUGACAAGCUGAAGGUGGCCUAUGAGGACGACUUCCAAGACGUCACAGAUGUACAGGACAAGAUUAAGAAACUACAGAAACAUCAGGCCUUCGAGGCUGAAAUUUUAGCCAACACUGACCAAAUUGACAAAAUCAAAGAGGAAGGGGAUGUGUUGCUUAAGAAGAAGCACCCCGAGUCAGACAAUGUCAGACAGAGCUUACAGAGACUCAACUCCAAAUGGAACGAGCUUCUACAGGCCUCCAACAACAGAGGGAAAGGCCUGGUGGAACUGAAAGACAUCCUCAUGUUCAAUGAGCAAGUGGACAAAGUGGAAAUGUGGAUUAGAGAGAAAGAAGCUCUAGUGAGUGCCGGAGACAUGGGAAGGGACUACGAACAUUGUCUGGAGCUGCAGAAGAAGGCCAAUGACCUUGAAUCAGCUGGAAUUACUGUGGACGAUAAGAGAAUAGCAGACAUUAAUGCUCUCGCAGACAAACUGAUCUCUCAGGGAAGAACAGACACGAACGCAGUCAAGGAAAAACGUAACAACCUCAACCAAAACUGGAAGGCAGUGAACUCAGAUUUAGCCGACUACAAGCAGAACCUGUCGUGUGCCUUGGAGAUCCACUCCUUCAACAGGGACGUAGACGAGAUGCUGGACCGGAUUAACGAGAAGGCCCUGCUGUUGUCUAGUGAGGACCUCGGGAAGGACCUCCCCAGUGUUGAGGCGCUCCAGAGGAAACAGGAGGAGGUGGAGAGAGACAUGACAGCUCUACAGAACCAACUGGAGAAAAUGGAGUCGUUGGAGGGCAAGUUGUGUAGGAAGUACCCAGACAAGGCCGAGGCUAUUCACCAGAAACAGCAGGAGGCCCAAGACAACUGGGAGAAGCUUGAGGAACUCUCUGAUAGCAGAAAGCAGAAACUCUCCGAUUCCUAUCAGCUACAGAAGUUCCUUGCUGAUGCCAGGGAACUUGUUUCUUGGUCCAAUGAAAUGGUACAGAGAAUGAAUGCUGCAGAGUUGGCUAAAGAUGUUCCUGAGGCAGAGAGUAUGCUCCAAAUUCACCAUGAACGCAAGGCUGAGAUUGAGGGCAGGAAAUCCCAUUUUUCUGCUGUGCGUGACCAUGGAAACAAACUGGUGGAGAAGAAACACUAUGCUUCUGAGGAUAUCCAGAAGAUGAUUGGUCAGUUGGAUCACACGAAACUGAUGCUGAAUGCUGCAUGGGACAAAAGGAACCACCUCCUCACCCAGUGCCAUGACCUCCAAGUUUUCAAAGAAACGGCAGAGCAGGCCGAAUCCUGGAUAUCUUCCAAGGAAGUCUUCUUGGCCAACGAAGAUCUAGGAAAUAAUUUACACAGUGUGGAAACCCUUCAGAAGAAACAUGAAGGAUUUGUCAGGACAACACAAAAACAAGUGGAUAAAAUUGAGGACUUGAAGCAGUUCGCAGAGAACCUUAAAAGUCAUGACCAUUAUGCUGCAGACGAGAUCACAGAGAGAUGCCAGGAAGUGGUGAACCGGUGCAAUGCUUUCUGGGAACACUGUGAGGCCCGUAAAAAGAAACUAAUUGACUCGCGGAAUUACCAGUUGUUCCUAAGGAACAUGUAUGAGGUGACGGGAUGGAUCAAUGAAAAGCUUCAGGUGGCUCUAGACGAGUCUUACCGAGAUCCUACCAACCUGCAGGCCAAGUUACAGAAACAUCAGGCCUUCGAGGCAGAAGUACUAGCCAACAGAAACAGAGUGGAUGCUGUGGUUGAGGAGGGUAAAGGUUUGCUCCAACAAGACCACUAUGCACAGGCAGACAUCAAGAAACGAUUAGAGGAGCUGGAGUUGAGCUGGGAAGCAUUAAUGGCUGCGAGUGCUGAGAAGAAAGACCGUAUGCAAGAUGCUUAUCAGGCUCUGAUGUACAACAGAGUGGUGGAUGAUUUAAUGUCGUGGAUGGAUGAUGUCGAAUCACAGCUCAUGUCAGAGGAUCAUGGGAAGGAUCUAUACUCCGUUAACAAAUUACUCAAAAAGCAUCAGCUCUUGGAACAAGACAUUAGCAAUCACAAAGAAAAAGUUCAAGAUGUUCAAGAUGCCGCCCAUGUGUUCAAGGAAUCCAAACAUUUUAUGAACAAAGAACUUCAAGCUAGAGCCAAAGAAGUUCAAGAAAAAUAUGAGUCCCUCUCUGAGCCUGCCACUAUUCGGAGAGACAAUCUGGAAGACGCACUCUUAAUGUAUCAGUACUACAGGGAUGUGGAGGAUGAGUUGUCAUGGAUACAAGAGAAGCUUCCCAUCGCAUCUUCCACCGAUCUGGGAAAUUCACUCAAUGCCGUCCAAAAUCUCAUGAAGAAACAUCAGGCCUUGGAAUCAGAGAUCAUUGCACAUGAACCUUUAAUAGACUCGGUGGCUUCAACAGCCCAGAGAAUGAUGCAGGCCAAACACUUUGCUUCGGAAAACGUCAAAGUCCAGCUGGAUAAGCUGCAGUCUGAGCUCCAAGAACUACAGGAACUCACCAUGGCCCGCAAACUCAAACUUCAAGCCUCUCUAGAAUCUCAAACAUUCUAUGCUGAGAUUUCUGUGGCCGAGUCUUGGAUGGAUGAAAAAAUGCCGAUCCUAAAUAGUACUGAGUAUGGCAAGGAUGAAGACAGUGUGCAGAUUAAUCUGAAGAAGAUGGAUACUCUGGAGAGAGACAUUGAGAACUUCAGCAGUAACAUUGCUGAGCUGGCUGCUCUAAGCCGGAGCCUGGUGGAGAAGGAGAACUUUGACCAGGAGAACAUCAAGAAGCAGCAGGCAUCAGUGGAGCAGAGGUACAGCUCACUGCAGGACCUGGCCACUCAGAGACGGAGCAGGCUCCUGGAAACCAAGAGGCUGUUCCAGUUCUACAGGGAGGCUGAUGAUGUCACCACCUGGAUUGCCGACAAGAUGGUCACUGCAUCAUCAGAAGAUUACGGCCAGGAUCUGGAACAUGUAGAGGUUCUGCAACAGAAAUUUGAGGACUUCCUCCAUGAUCUGAGCAGUAGUGAGGAUAGGGUUACUAGUGUCACUGCCAUGGCAACAGAAAUGAUCGAGGCCAAACACUUUGAGAGUGAGGCAAUUAAGAAGAGAUCAGACGAAGUGGUACAUCAGUGGAAUGAACUCAAAGAAGUGGCCAAAGCCAGACAAGAGGCCUUGGUAGCUGCUAAAGAAGUGCACAUGUAUGGACGUGAUGCAGAUGACACACUUGACUGGAUUCAAGAGAAGGAGGGCCUAGUCAGCACGGAGGACUUUGGUCAUGACCUAGAAUCUGUUCGAACUCUAAUCAGCAAGCAUGAGGGCUUUGAGCGAGAUUUAGCUGCAAUCAGCGAACAAGUAGAGUUAAUCACCAAGGAAGCUGAGAGAUUGAUUGGUCAAUACCCCGAUGCCCAGGAGCACAUAGCGGUCAAACAUGAGCAGAUGGUGCAGUCAUGGAACAAUCUGGUGGAGAAAGCCGCACAGAGGAAGGAGAAACUCCAACAGGCCGACCAAUUACAGCUGUAUUUCAAUGACUACAGAGAAUUACAGGCAUGGAUCAGUGAGAUGAUGGCAAUCAUAUUGGCUGAGGAGAUAGCCCGGGACCUGCCCAGUGCCGAGCUCAUGAUGACCAGGUGUAAGGAACACAAGGCGGAGAUCGACAGUCGACAGGACGCUGUCAAUAAAUUCCUUGAAACUGGAAAAGUCAUGAUUGAAAAUGGGCACUUCCUGUCUGAGGAGAUCAAGGAGAAAGUGACAGAUUUGAACACAGCAUGGGAAGCUUUAUUGAAGACAUUUGAACAGUACCAGGAGCUCUGUGAGCAGAAUCUGGAAGCGCAGCAAUUGCGACAUGAGAUGGAACAGCUAGAGGCUUGGAUAAACAUCAGAGAGCCUGUGAUGAAGGAAAAGAAUGUGGGAGAAAACAUCCAAGCUGUCGAGGAGUUGCUUCGCCGGCAAGAUGAUUUCGAGAAAACAGUUGAUGCUCAGUCAGAGAAAUUCAACAGCAUUUGUCGUCGAACACAGCUGGAAAAGUCAUUAUUGGAUCAAAAACAGCAACAAGCCCUGGCGGAAAUUCAGAAGAAAGAGAUCGAGCGAAUGGAUGAGAUCCGAAAACGUGAGCAAGAGAGGAUUCUGGAGACACAGAAAAAUGAACGGAAGAGGGAAGAAGAGCAACGCAAAGCUAGGGAGGUGUUGCUAAGGAGACAGAAAGGUGCCGACUCAUCAGAAAGUGAUGAGGACAAAAAGGACGAACGUUUGGACACCAACACAGUUAAAAACUUGAUUGGUCGAUCAACCAGUAGAGCUGAAGUGAAGAGAGCAAUAAGUUUCAAGCAGCGAGGAGAUGGGGCUAUAUCCCCACCACCUGUGUUACAGAAGGCCUAUGAAUUCAGACAAGGCGAGGGCAUUGUCAAUCCAAACGAAAAUGUCACAUCAGCGAAUGUUGAAACUGUGACUCCGACUGAUGAGGAUGCACCACACUUACCACAUAUGCCUCCUCCCGAAAUUCAGGUGGCGCCUUCUACGCCAUCUAGUGACUUACAUAAAAAGGAGAAGUUAACUCCCCCUGUUAGUCCGAAGCAAUCACGUGUAGAACAUUUAAAAGAUGAAGAUAAAAAGAAAAAGAGGACUCCUAGUUUUAAUUUAAGAAGAAGAACAAGGAGUUUCAAGGAUAAGUACAAGCUUCCAGAGAACUUACCUCCCCCUGAUUUUGAGGGGUUUGUGGAGAGGAAGGUAGAAUUACAAAGUGGUGGAAAGCGUGCGACGAUACGAUCGUGGAAGAACUAUUACAUGGUGUUAUACGGACAGGUUCUAGUUUUCUACAAAGACAAGGAGGCUGCAGCAGAGAAAAUUCCAGCUACUCCUCCUGUGUUCAUCUACAAUGCCUAUUGUGAUGUGGCCUCUGAUUAUCAUAAAAAGAAGAACGUUCUCCGACUAAAGAGUGCCGAUAAUGCUGAGUCGCUGUUAGAGGCAGCCUCUGCAUCUGACAUGAAGGAAUGGAUCGCCAAAGUUAAUCAUUACGCAGUUCAAUCUCCAUCCCACGCUGACCUGGAAUUUUUUCGUAGUUCUGAACAACCGCCCGAGGAUUUUGCGGUUGACGAAGGAGGAGCACAAGCACCUGAUGAGCAUCAUGUGGCUGUGUUACACAGAUCGGCCAGUCCUGAGGGAGAGAGGGGACGCAGUGUGUCCCCCAUGGCAGCACACAGAGAAUCUCAGGAAUUCCACGAGGAGGAUGUAGCCCAGAUCAUGCAAGGAAAGCCCUCCCCCGACAAAGGAUCUCCAAUACCCAGCCACCAAGCCCACAACGACAGUGUGGACCGCUCGGGAAGCUUCCAUGCUGAAAACAACACGACCCCUGUAAGACAACGAACCACUAGUGGAGGGAGUUAUCACCAAUCCUCAGGUGAGGAGGAGUUGACGGACCAUUCCCUCGUGUCCCCUCCACACAAUGGGGGACACGGAAGAAUGAACGGGGACGAAGAUCAAUUCACAGAUGACAUUAAGAAAAGAACAAAGAGCUCUCCAACGAAGGAGCGUCCGAUGUCUGAGCCCGCCAUGAUGAUGGAGGAUCAUGAUGGGGGGGACAGGGAGGAGAAGAAAAAGAAGGGCAUGUUUAGUCGAUUCAAGAAGAAGAAGGACAAGGAUCACGAAGAACAUAAAAAACAUAAAAAAGACAAAAAAUCCGAGGCCCAUUAGUAUUCUCAGAGACAAAGAAUCCAAAUUGCUACCAAACAAUUGAUUCAAGUGACGGGCCCAUCUUCAAAACUUUGACCUGAAAUAUGAUGACUAAAGGCAGUUUCAGACCAAACAGAAAGACAAACACAAAUAUUCAAAGCAAAAUUGACGAGGCUAAGUUAAACAUGCACAAAAUGUUUGGCUUGCUUCUUAUUGCGUUUAUACAAAAUCUAUACACUAGUACAGUGAAUUACUUAGUGGGCAGACCGGUCGACUCAUUUACGAAUGUCCUUUUCUACAAAAGUAACCGAUGUUUACAUUUGUACUUACAACACCUCUAUAUUGACCAAGAUCUCAUGUACCUUAUCUGUGAUCGUUGACAUUCGGGUUGGUUGAUCUACCGUGUGAUUUUGGUAUGGACCAUUUACAAAUGCUCUGAUUUUUACUGAUGUUUUGGUAGAACACAUGAAGCUUAACCAACAUGUAUUCAAAUAUACUGGCUUUCUUAAAUACAUAUCAUUUUAUUGUACCAUCCAUGUUUUGUAACUUGUAAUUACUGGUAUAUUCAUUAAAUCAAAAGCAAGAAACUACUGUACAUGUAUAUUCAGGAUGAAUAUCCAAAAAUACUUUAGUCCAUUUCUAUACUAAAAUGUAUGUACUGCAUCAUGAAUGACAUGAUGUUUGGGACAGACAGUUAUCAAUAGAGUUUCUAUUUUACUUAGAAUACCUUUAUUUUAUGAAUCAGUUUUUUUCUGAAAUCUUUGUUUUGUUAUGUUAAUCAAAUUGAAUAUAAAUAUAUUAUAUACAGCAUUAUAGUGCUUCCAUUUUUUGAAAAAUUCUUUGUUUUUGAUGAGGUUGUCUGUUAAGAAUUCAUGUAUAUGCAAAAUUUAGUAUGAUUUUGUUUUAUUAUCAUUCUAUUACAUGUUAAUUUUCUAUAAUACAUGUAUUAGACAAAUACAUUGUAGUUAUAUUGGCUGCCAUGAAUGGUCGCAAGAAUUAAUCGUCUCAUUGAUGCAUAUCCAAACAUUGAAUGUCUCCACAAAGUGCUUCCGGCUUGCAUUGCAAUUAUAUAACUGCUGAAUUUGAACACAAAAAUAAAAUUCUGGGAACAUGCAACAGAACUGUGUUGUCUGUCACAGUUCAAGAACAAAUUGUUAAAAAGGUGUGCAAUGCAAACUAUAAGAGAUCUGAUUUUGUUCUGUGAACUUCCAUUAAGAUAAAUGUUUGUAAAAAUACUCUGUUUAUGCUUCGUAUGUUUCGGCAUUGACUGUGUGGAGGAAGUUGUAAAUAUGAUAGUCCAGAGCAAUACAUGUGUACAUUUGUACAGUUUUGUUAGUAGGUUUUAUCAAUAAAGCCAGUAUCUAUCAUGUAAAUAGAAUUAUUUCAUAGUGAAUGUUAAAGCCAAAAUGAAGAGACCAUGGGGUCUUGUUAUAUUGUGGUUUGAUGGUAGACAAUUGGGUUUUUUAUACGAAAUCAGAAUGGAAAAUCCAUCAGUUAAUAGCAGACAGAUUGUAGAGGUUAUAUAAUAUAAUAUUAUAGAGUGACUCAUUAGAAAACUCUUAAUCGGUGUAUAAUACAAAAUGCUGCCUCAUAAACCACACAUCAGUACUUGCUACAUAUGUUAUUGUGUUGUCAUGUAUAUCACUAUUCAACUAACAUCAAUUAUUUUAUUUUCAAAUUAUAUUAUAUACAUAUAUAAAUUUAUAUAAAUAUUUAUACUGAAAA